AUGAGGGGGGCUUCCUGCUUCCAGGUCCUGCUCCUACUGCUGCUGGGAGCUGCUGGGACACUGGAGUCUGCAGACUGCGGGCAGCCUCAUGCGUCCAGACGGAUCGUGGGAGGCCAGGACGCCCGGGCCGGAGAGUGGCCGUGGCAGGCAAGCAUCCAGCACCGCGGGGUGCACGUGUGUGGGGGCUCGCUCAUCGCCCGCCGGUGGGUACUGACGGCGGCGCACUGCUUCCCGAGGAAGGCGCCACUGUUUGAAUACCGCGUGCGCCUCGGGGCGCUUCAUCUGGGUCCUGCCUCGCCCCGCGUUCUCUCGGCGCCCGUGCAGAGGGUGCUGUUGCCCCCUGACUACUCUGAGGAUGUGGCCCGUGGUGACCUGGCACUACUACAGCUGCGCCGCCCGGUGCCCCUAAGCUCCCGAGUCCAGCCUGUGUGCCUGCCAGAGCCCGGGGCCCACCCACCACUCGGUACACCCUGCUGGGUCACCGGCUGGGGCAGCCUCUUCCCAGGAGUGCCACUCCCAGAGGGGCAACCUCUUCAGGGAGUAAGAGUGCCAUUGUUGGAUACACACACUUGUGACCACCUGUACCAUGUUGGCACCAACGUGCCCCAUGCUGAGCACAUAGUGUUACCAGAGAACCUGUGCGCUGGCUACAUCCAGGGCCACAAGGAUGCCUGCCAGGGUGAUUCUGGAGGACCCUUGACCUGCUUGAAGUCUGGGCGCUGGGUCCUGGUGGGCGUGGUGAGCUGGGGCAAGGGCUGUGCCCUGCCCUACCGUCCAGGUGUCUAUACCAAUGUAGCCAUUUACAGCCGCUGGAUUCACGCUUGCCUCAGCCUCUGA